AUGCCUCGCCUUUCUAUCCUCCAAGCGCUCGGCGCGCUUUCUUUGCUCUCAACCACGCUCGCUCACAUGCAAAUGAGCAAUCCGUCACCUCUCCGCGAUCCCCAUGCCAACCGAUUAAACGAACCAAAAGACUACAACAUUCUCAAUCCCCUCAACGCCGACGGGAGUAACUUUGCCUGUAAAGGAUACCAAUGGAACACACCGUGGACGCCUGUCGCUACCUACGAAGCAGUCGUCAACAUCGUCCCACGGGGCACGCGAACUACGAGUUCCAAACCGAGUCCCUCACAACAUCUGACCGUCCGCGAUACGGCGAAGGUCAAUGCUGUGGCCCAGGCAGCGCUUGCUUCCUAUUCCGAUCUCUUUGUCGCAAACUUGGCUGGUAUCAACACUUGCGUGGCACCAGAGACACACGAUGUUGUCUUUGGCGAUCCAGGCCGCGCAGUUCAAUUCGGAGACAACGUAGGGGCAGCAUCCAAGCCGACUUUCCAACGAAACGCGUGCACCGACAAAGGACAUACUAGUGCUGGUACCUCUUCUGAUUCCGCGUCAUCACCAUCACCCCCUAGCAGCUCGGUUUCCAGCACAGGUGGAGAUGAUGGACAAUGGCAUGGCGGAGACUCGACGCAGCAACAGUCUUCAACUGCAUCCAGCAGCAUAGUAGCCGCUAACGAUGGCAAGUACAACCCCGUUAUGCAUGCAAGUACGACCGGCCAGAAAACUCCUAGUCCAUCACUGGCUCUCCAGCAAAAUAACCUCCAAGCCGUUGAUGUCCAACAAGGCAAUAAACAGCCUAAUGCACAAGUGCAAAAAGAGUUGAACGCCUAUUUAGCACGUCUAUACGGAACCAAAACACCCAACAAACAACGAGCAGCAUGUACCAUGGAAGCUGAUGCCAAAAAAGAUGCUGCAAUAUCCGCCCAUACACUCCCACGCACACGCCGUCAAAAACGCUGGUUCUCGUACCAAUCCAUCAAUCCAGAAGAAAACGAUACCCAAGAUACCAGUAGCAGCACACAAGCUACAACAGAAAGCGACACGAGCACAACGACAGACGAAAACAACAGUGUAGCAGCAUCAUCACCACAAAGUAUCGACGCCAGUUUCGCCGCUUUCCUCCAAAGACUCAAUAGUCUGAGUAAUUCGCUAUUCACGCUCGUGAAAUUCACCAGUAGUUAUCUAGACCAGGCGCCACCUGGAGGUUAUUACGACACCAGCAGUACAACUACUACUACCGAUGCGAACGACAGCGAUCGAGAAUCCAGUGGCGCGGUAUUCACAACAGAAAAACAAUACACCAAACGCUCAUCCCCUUCCAUACCAUCUCACGGAGAAAUGUCCGAUACACCAGGCCCUAACAACCAAGCACUCAAACACUGGCUUGACGAGCUAAAAGCCCAAGUCGAUGCCAUGAAAUCAUACACGCAGAACACGGCUGCGCGAUUCGAUGCUAAAAACGUUGCUACUCUGCGACAGCGACGACAAAGCAAACCCAUGGGACAGCAGACUGAGAUUCUGUUUGAUUGGGGGAGUUUGUACCCGGGGCUGAAGACAAACAGUUCGAGAAUUGGAGCUGAAGCUGGAGGGGAGGGUGAGGAUGUGAAGGGUCAAUCGGGUUUGGCUGGCGUUGGCGGACAGCAGUCUGCGAAUGCGACGACGACGACGACGACGACGAUGGCGGCGGGGGAUAUCACGGUGACACAUGCCAACAAGACCACUAACACGACAAACGCCCCGCCAACCACUGUACCGAAAGAUACAUGGACAGAUGGUGUGUUUCCUUUUCUUCUUCCGCCCCCAUCGUCAUCAUCCUCUUCGUCGCCAGGGGUGGACUCCGACGCCGCAGCCCUUUUCCCGUUCAUAAUGGCUCCAGGGCCUGUUCUACCGGCUGGUGUGAGCGUGGACGGUGUUGAUAAUCUGGAGCAUAUACCUGUUGUUUUUGAUGAUUUGGGAGAUGGGGAGGAGGCUGAGGAUGGGGUUAGGAAGUUUUUUGAGGGGUUGAGGCGGGAGAGUGGUGGUGGUGGGGAUUGA